AUGUGGGCCUUCUUGGUUCUAACUCUUGCCCUCAGUGUCAGGGCAUCAGACACUAACAACGACACAGCGGCUGAGGAAAAGCUUGUUAUAGCCAGAGGAAAGCUGCUGGCUCCCAGCGUGGUCGGAUGAGGCAUAAAGAAAAUGCCCGAGCUCCAUCAUUUCCUCUUGGAGCGGUGGGCUUUGUACCACAACUUGGAAUAUGAUUCAUCGGAGGAGAAGAAUCCGCGCCUGAUUUUCUAUAACGAGAAGGACGAGGUUGUAAAGACUGUUCCCGUGAAGAAAAUGAAGGCAGACGAGAUCAGCAGCCUGUUAGACUCGCUCGGUUUCUACAAGAGGUCCCGGAAAGGGGAAGAGGUGCCAGAGGAGUUCCAGCAUUUCCCCCUGCUCACCCCCAGGGACGAGCUGUGACGACACCUUGUGGCCAAACUCUGCCGCUGCACCCCGGCCGCAUUAUUGACGAGUGGGGCCCCAAGGCCAAAACGAUAAGCCAGGCACCAUUCUGAGGACCGGCUGGCCGGGUGCAGCGUGCGGCGUGUUAGUCAUUGCCGUGUCGCUCUGUUUAUAUGUUGAAUUUGA